UAACCAGGCAUGGAGACAAAAGCUGACUAUAUUUUAGUUUCUCAUACGAGUCUGGCAUAAUUUUACAGAGACUACUGUAAAAUUCAGCUGGAUAUAAAAAAAAAGAGGAUUGACCUUAAGGAUAUAGAGAUUUUAAGCGGUAGAAAAGCGCUUUUAUGCAAGUAGGGGCGGUGUUUCCCGUCUGCGCUCGUCCGGGCGAAAGAAAACGCUUCCUUAUGGAGAGACGGCUGGAUGAAGGAUUCAUGCAAACUUAGGAUGUUAGGAAGUCUACUGCAUUGCACGAGUCCGUGCUCACUAAUGGAUAAUUAACCGGCGACUAUAGCACACAAACUCAAUUUCCGGUGGGAUUUCUUCUAUUCCCUUGAAUCACGCCGGGAUGUUGUGGAGCAUCCGGGGCUGAGUGACCCAUGAGCCCGAGCAGCGAGCCUCUCCUCCGGGGCUGGGGAACAGCUUAACACCGCCUUCAAACUGACAUGAUGUGCGGGGAAACGGCGGAUCAGCCCGAGCUCACAACCAUCACUCCAAGUUCUGCAUCGCCGGCCGGUAUGAUGGACUGAUGUGCAGCUUUAAGGGAUUCCUAAAUGUCCUGUCUCCCUCGUAUUAAAAGGCGAGACAGUGAUCCCAAAGCUGUGUCUCCUCCGACAUGGAUAAACUCACUGUGAUAUCAGGAUGCCUCUUCCUCGCUGCAGAUAUCUUCGCCAUCGCCAGCAUCGUCAACCCGGAUUGGAUCAACACUGGAGAAUCAGCUGGCUCUCUGAAUGUGGGUCUUGUCCGGCAGUGCCAGACCCUCCAUGGCAGGGACCGGACCUGCAUCCCCCCUCAGCUGCCCUGGGAGUGGGUCACCACGCUCUUCUUCAUCAUCCUGGGCAUCAUGUCCCUUACGGUCACCUGUGCUCUGCUGGUGAUGUCACACUGGUACCACGAGGCCACCAGAUAUGCGCGGUGGAUCGCCUUCACUGGGAUGGUCCUGUUCUGUAUGGCUGCUCUCAUUUUCCCCACCGGCUUCUACAUCAGUGAGGUUGGAGGACAGCCAUAUAAGCUGCCCAACAACACAAUGGUGGGCUCCUCGUACGUGCUCUUCAUCAUGGCCAUAUUCUUCACCAUCGUGGGACUGCUCUUUGCUGGGAAGGUAUGCUUUCCCGGCUGACAUCGCCUCCCUGCUGAUUAUACAUUCUUGGAGUCCCAAAGAACUCUUUUAGCGGAUUUCCGUUUGUAUCAAUGUGCCCAGCGACUGAGCAGAUGAGUGUAAGAGGUGGAUAGAUGGGAUAUUUAAACAGCGCGAGUUUAAAGGGGGCCUUAAGAAUAACACAGCCAUAAUCAAGAGUUUAGAGGCACAUCAUUGAUUAGACUUGUGUUGAAAUACCAACCACUGACCACUCUUCUCCAGCAUGGAGGAUCUUCCCUUCUUCCGUUGGUCCCUCCUACGAGGAACUACACAAACAUGUAAAAUAAAGCUUAGUUUCCUGAUACAUUUUAUUUAUUUAAUUGUUCCGUUUGUGUAAAUAUGCUUUUUAAAUUAUUUCACAAAGUUCUGCCAUCAGUAUGUGUAGUGGAUCACCUUGCCUUAAAAAGAUCUGUGUUUUUUUUAAUAUAGUGAGAUCAAUCAAUCCAAAAACUUUGGCUGCAUGCAUCCAUUUUGUAUGAAAGUGCUGCAAGUGAAACACGGAGCUGCAUCCACGGAUGGCGACAAUGCAGGAAGAGGAGCUGUGACUCAAGGCUGUAAAAUGUUGGACAAAAGAAAAGGAGCAGGUGUCAGCAGAAAAACUGAUAUCUGCAGGGUGGACCUACUGUGGCCUCUCAGUUCCAGCUUUGUUAACUUUAGAUAUAGUGAAUGUAUUAUUAACUUCUCCGAACACUAAACAGGAAAUUAAUGAAUUUAUGAACUGUUUUGUACAUUUGGAGUAUUGGUGCCUGCGUUUCUGUAUAAAUGAAGAGGUGGCAGGUCUUUAUCUUCUAAAACCAACGUGAUUUUUGUGAAUGAGCAUGGAAGAUGUUAUCUAAAUAAAAAUGACUCGAUGAAAAGUCCAUACUCAUUGUUAU